AUGAUCAAUGAAUUAGACACAAAGAGAAGAGGAGGUAAUGUGGGGUUGAAGUUGGACAUUUAUCAAGCUUAUGAUUCUCUUAGUUGGGAAUUCCUCUUUAUGGAUUUGAAACAAUUUGGAUUCUCAGAUAAGUUUAUCAAAUGGAUUCAUAUUCUUCUUAAAUCAUCUAAAAUAUCAGUUCUUGUUAAUGGUGGACCAGUUGGAUACUUCAAUGUAAGCAGAGGUUUAAGACAGGGAGAUCCCCUCUCCCCUCUUCUCUUUGUUAUGGCUGAAGAUGUUUUAAGCAAAAAACUAUCCUCAAUGGUAUUGAAAGGUGAAUUAUUCCCAUGGUAUGAUAAUAUCAAACCAUGUAUGGGGAUAUGUAGAAAUGCUACAAGAAAAUUUAGCUGGUUGGAAAGGAAAAAUGCUUUCAUUCCAAGAAAGAUUAGUCCUGGUGAAGUUUGUCUUAUGUGUUACAUUGAAAUGGGAGAAAACUUGCUCUCCAUUAUCACAAGUGGGUUGGGAAUUAGACAACUAGAAGUGAUAAAUAAAGCAAUGCUUAUGAAGAUGUGUUGGAAUAUGCAAAAUGAACGUAUAAGGUGGUUGGUGGGUGAUGGCAAUAAUAUCUCAGUUUGGAAUGAUAGCUGGAUAAAAGACAGACCUUUAAAAGAUAUAUUUCCUGAAAAUCCCAUUAUGUUGCAGAAUCCAGAUAUGAAAGUGAGAGAAUUGAUAAAUAAUGGAGAAUGGAAAAUUCCAGUCAACUUUCUUGAAUUUUUUGAGCCUGAAGAACUUCCAGUUUUAGACCAUAAAGAAGAUAGGAGAAUUUGGAGUGCUACAUUAACUGGAAAUUUCAGUGUGGCAUCAACUUCAGAGUGCAUAAGGAAAAAAUAUCAGCCUGUUAAAUGGGAAAAAGCAGUAUGGCACAAGAGUAUUCAUCCCAAUAUUUCAGGAAAUAUAUGGAAGCUUGUAAGAGGAGUGGUUCCAGCAGAUGAAAAAAUGAAGAAGAAAAAAUUUCAAUUAGCAUCAAGAUGCCCAUUCUGCAGAAAAGAGGAAGAAAACUUAGAGCAUAUCCUUUGGUAUGGAUAUAUAUGCAGGAAUUGGGAUGGAGAGUAUCUGUAUGCAAUGUCUGGUAGUUUAGGGAUAGCCACUAACUAUAUGGCAGAAAUUGUUGCAGUUUUAUGUGCAGGAGAGUGGGCAGCUGCUAAUAAUUUCAUCAAAGUUUGGUUUCAAACUGAUUCCCAACCUGUAAUGAAAGCAUUUCAAACAUAUUCAGUUCCAUGGUGGAGUAUAACAAGAUGGAACAAGAUUAAAAGCUCUCUUCAAGAAUGGCAUUUUUCUCAUGGUUAUAGGGAGAUAAACUUCUCAGCAGACUCCAUGGCAAAGAGGGGGGUUAAUCUGACAAAGGGGAAAAAAAGAAGCUACACUUCAAGACCUGAAUUUUUAAGCUCAAUGGAAAUCCCAGACAAAGCUUACUUCAGAACUUGUUAA